AUGGCAACCCCGGCACAACAAGGUGAUUCCUCAUCAGCACAACAACGUUUUGUUCAAUUCAAACUAGUUCUUUUAGGAGAAAGUGCAGUUGGUAAGUCAUCUAUAGUACACAGAUUUGUCAAGAACACAUUUGACGAUGCUAGAGAAUCAACCAUUGGAGCUGCCUUUUUAACGCAAUCGAUUACGAUACCAGAAACACAAACAACGAUCAAAUUCGAAAUAUGGGAUACUGCUGGUCAGGAACGCUACAAAUCAUUGGCACCAAUGUAUUACCGAAAUGCCAAUGCUGCAUUGUGUGUAUACGAUAUCACUAGUCGCAAUUCAUUUGCCAAGGCACAAGAUUGGAUUAAAGAGUUGAAGAAACAAGCACCAAGUGACAUUGUAGUGGCCUUGGUUGGAAACAAGUUGGAUUUGGAAGAUAAUAGAGAAGUGCAGCUGGAGGAGGUUGAUGAGUACAUUUCAGAAUUACAAACCGAUGGAUUCAAGAUAAUUAAAGCUGAAUGUUCGGCCAAAAAUGGUGAUGGAGUUGUGGAAUUGUUUGAAGCAAUAGGUAGAGCUUUACCUGUAGAGGAAGUGCUUGCAGCCAAUGCCAACAGGUCGAGGCAAGGGGACGCUGCUGGGGGUGGAAGAAGACCCGGCGGUGUUGACUUGAAUAGACCUAAGCGUGCGCAAGCUCAAAGUAGUUCAUGCUGUUAA